AUGGAUAUCGGGCCCGUCGAGCACACUGUCCGGGGUGGCGCAAAUCAUAAUAUUCAAGUUCUCGUGCGCGUUCGGCCUCCGAACUCGCGAGAGCUAGACCAGGUGAGUGCCGUCCUCCGAGAUAGAACAAAAAAGUGCCGAACCUUUCCAUGUGCUCACCCUAUUGCGUCCAAGAGCAACGCCACCUACAGUUACGAUCACGUGUAUGACCAUGACGCCAGCCAAGCGGACAUCUUCGAGAGUGUUGGCGUUCCCGUCACGGACGCGUUCCUGGAGGGCUACCAUGGCUGCCUGAUAGCAUACGGGCAGACCGGAGCGGGUAAGACUUUCACCAUGCAGGGACCAGACGAGCACACUGAGACUGAUAAUAUCUCUGGCGACACGGGCGUUAUGAACGCUGCCGAGGAUCCCGAACAACUUGGUCUCAUCCCCCGCGUCCUCAAGCGCAUCUUUGCACAUAUCGAGAGCGAGUUAGCUGCGGCAGAGAACAAGGAGAAUGCCAGAGACGUCAACAUCGAAAAGCCGGAAUUGGAGUUCACAGUGAAGUGCUCGUAUCUUGAAAUAUACAAUGAGACGAUGGCAGACCUGCUCAGUGACCCGGGUUCGGCUGUGCAACCAAACAUUCGCGAGCAUGACAAGAAGGGUGUCUUUGUUGAGGGCCUGACAGAGGCGUCUGUUCAAUCCGCAGAAGAGACCUACGAUUUAUUCCAGCGUGGGUCCCACAAUCGUCGGGUGGGUAUAACGGAGAUGAACAGAGAAUCAUCUCGAUCACAUGCAGUUUUCACUGUGAACCUUGAGUCUCGCCGUCGUGCUUUUGCUGGAGCUGCACUGCAGAAGCGAUCUGCACUUCUUCAUCUCGUAGACCUCGCUGGUUCGGAACGUCAAAAGUCAACCGAAUCCGCAGGGGUUCGAUUGAAAGAAGCGUCCGCCAUCAACAAGUCACUAUCGGCGCUGGGUAAUGUGAUCAAGGCUCUUGUGGACGUUUCAGACGGGAAGGACCGGCAUGUUCCUUAUCGCGACUCCAAGCUCACUUUCCUUCUGAAGGAGGCCCUUGGAGGAAAGGCACGUUGCACAUUACUUGCAUGUGUCAGUCCGGCGGCUGGUCAGAUUGAAGAGACGCUCUCCACUCUGAAGUUUGCGCAGAGAGCAAAGCUGGUGAAGGUAACAGCGUGUAAGAACGAGGAG